GCGUCCAGAACACACAACCCAAAAAGCCCUUGUUUCUCUUCAAGAUGACACCUGGACACGACCUGAACCGGGCCAGCGCGACGUGAGGACCGGCUGCCUCCAGUCUCUCUCGAUCUGUAGCCGUCGGAGGAAUCAUUCCAGCGAGAUAGAUCCGUUCUCCUCGACUUCUUUCUUUACUUUUUUUUUUGUUUUGUAUCCACUUGGAAAGCGUGACGUCUAACAGUAGUCGCAGAUUUCCCAACACCGACUCCCCGGAGCUUCUCCAACGACGCCAGACUGAUCGGAACUUUAAAAGGCGAACUUUACGCACCAUGAGUUCUGAAAAGAAAGUGGAGGAUGAGGCAGUCUUGGACAGAGGAGCUUCCUUUGUCAAACAUGUCUGUGACGAAGAGGAAGUGGAAGGUCACCACACUGUGUACAUUGGCGUGCACGUUCCCAAGAGCUACCACCGGAGGAGACGCCACAGACGCAAGUCCAGCCACAAGGAGAAGCGGGAGCGACCCGAACACAGUACGGAGGGCUACAAGUCGGAUGGGGAUUACGUGGACGAAACCACCGCGAACGUCCUCAAGCCUCUCAUUUCUCCAGCUGAGAGGAUCCGGUUUAUCCUGGGUGAGGAGGACGAUGGCCCCCCGCCUCCUCAGCUCUUCACCGAGCUGGACGAACUACUGUCCGUGGACGGGCAGGAGAUGGAGUGGAAGGAGACGGCCAGAUGGAUCAAGUUUGAGGAGAAGGUGGAGGAGGGCGGAGAGCGCUGGAGUAAGCCACACGUGGCCACGCUGUCCUUGCACAGCCUGAUGGAGCUCAAAACGUGCAUCGAGAAGGGCACCAUCCUGCUGGACCUGGAGGCCUCCACGCUGCCGCAGGUUGUCGAGUUGAUCACUGACAGCCAGAUUCAGAUGGGUCAGUUGAAGGCGGACCUGAAGGAGAAGGUCACGUACACGCUGCUGCGGAGGCAUCGCCACCAGACCAAGAAGUCCAACCUGCGCUCCCUCGCUGACAUCGGCAAGAGUGUAUCCAGUGCAAGUAGGCUGUUUACCAACCAGGAGAAUGGUAGCCCGACGACGGCCCACAGAAACCUCACCUCCAACAGCCUGAGUGACUUCUCUGACAAACCAGAGAGGGAUCAGCUGAAGAACAAGUUCAUGAAGAAACUGCCCCGCGAUGCGGAGGCGUCCAACGUGCUGGUUGGAGAGGUGGACUUCCUGGAAACUCCCUUCGUGGCGUUCGUCCGUCUGCAGCAGGCCGUGAUGCUGGGGGCUCUGACGGAGGUCCCGGUGCCAACAAGAUUUCUCUUUGUCCUGCUGGGCCCCAAAGGGAAAGCGAAGUCCUAUCAUGAAAUUGGAAGAGCCAUUGCCACCCUGAUGUCAGAUGAGGUGUUCCAUGAUAUUGCCUAUAAAGCGAAGGACAGGCAGGACCUGCUGGCUGGUAUCGAGGAGUUCCUGGAUGAGGUCAUCGUCCUGCCCCCCGGAGAGUGGGACCCCAACAUCCGGAUAGAGCCACCCAAGUCUCUGCCCUCCUCAGACAAGAGGAAGCACAUGUAUGUCGGAUUAGAGGCGCCUCAGAUGAACGGCGACACUCCCCAUGAUGCGGGACAUGGAGGGGGAGGAGGACACGAGGUCGGAGAGGAGCUCCAGCGCACAAGAAAGUUUUGUGGAGGUCUUGUCCUGGAUAUCAAGAGGAAGCUGCCAUUUUUCGCCAGCGACUUCUAUGAUGCAAUACACAUCCAGUCUCUGUCGGCCAUCUUGUUCAUCUAUCUGGGCACAGUCACCAAUGCGAUCACAUUUGGAGGCCUACUUGGUGACGCAACGGAAAACAUGCAGGGAGUGUUGGAAAGUUUCCUGGGGACGGCACUGACAGGAGCAGUGUUCUGUCUGCUGGCCGGUCAGCCACUGACGAUUCUCAGCAGCACAGGCCCGGUGCUUGUGUUUGAAAGACUCCUUUUCACCUUCAGCAAAGACAACGAGCUGGACUACCUCGAGUUCCGGCUGUGGAUCGGCCUGUGGUCGGCUGUAUUCUGUCUGGUGCUGGUCGCCACAGACGCCAGCUUCCUGGUGCAGUACUUCACCCGAUUCACCGAGGAGGGCUUCUCCGCUCUCAUCAGCUUCAUCUUCAUCUACGACGCGUUCAAGAAGAUGAUCAAGCUGUCUCACCACAACCUGAUCAACUCCGACUACGACCCCAACCUCAUCACCCUCUACGACUGCAGCUGCAUGCCCGGCAACUCAUCAAAUCUGACUGAUGUCCCGUGGAUAAACAGUACUAAUGUGCUAGUGAACGCCACCUGGGAGACCCUGACGAAGCAGCAGUGUGUGACGUAUGGAGGCCGGCUGGUUGGAGACGCCUGUGGCUACGUGCCUGACAUCUCCCUGAUGUCCCUCAUCCUGUUCUUUGGGACCUACACCUGCUCCACGACGCUGAAGAAGUUCAAGACGAGCCGCUUCUUCCCCACCACAGUGAGGAAGCUCAUCAGUGACUUUGCGAUCAUCUUGACCAUCUUGCUCUUCUGCGGCGUGGACGCCUUCGUCGGGGUGGGAACUCCAAAGCUCAUUGUGCCAAGUGAAUUCAAGCCCACGAGUCCACUGAGGGGCUGGUUUAUUCCUCCCUUUGGCGGGAACCCUUGGUGGGUGUACCUGGCAGCCACAAUCCCCGCUCUGCUGGUCACCAUUCUGAUAUUUAUGGACCAACAGAUCACCGCCGUGAUUGUCAACAGGAAGGAGCACAAACUCAAGAAAGGUGCUGGCUAUCACUUGGAUCUCUUCUUGGUGGCCAUCCUGAUGAUUAUCUGCUCUUUCAUGGGCCUGCCGUGGUACGUGGCCGCCACUGUCAUCUCCAUCGCCCACAUCGACUCUCUGAAAAUGGAGACCCAGACGUCAGCCCCCGGGGAGCAGCCCAAAUUCCUGGGUGUCAGAGAGCAAAGAGUCACCGGUAUCUUUGUGUUCCUCCUGACGGGACUGUCCGUCUUCAUGGCCCCUAUCCUCAAGUUCAUUCCCAUGCCGGUGCUCUACGGUGUGUUCCUCUACAUGGGUGUGGCGUCACUCAAUGGGGUCCAGUUCAUGGACCGGCUGCAGCUUCUCCUGAUGCCCGCCAAGCACCAGCCGGACCUCAUCUACCUGCGGCACGUCCCCCAGAGACGCAUCCACUUCUUCACCUUCAUCCAGGUCCUGUGUUUGGCCCUCCUCUGGAUCCUCAAGUCCACCGUGGCGGCCAUCGUCUUCCCCGUCAUGAUCUUGGCAUUGGUUGCCGUCCGUAAGGCGAUGGACUACGUGUUCUCCCAGCACGACCUCAGCUACCUGGACGACGUCAUCCCGGAGAAAGACAAGAAGAAGAAAGAGGAUGAGAAGAAAAAGAAACACAAGAAGAAGGGAAGCAUAGAUAGCGAAAUCGAAUUUUCUGACUACCCCUACAAUGAAAAUAUACCCAGUAUAAAAAUCUCUAUGGAUAUGAUGGAGCAGGAGCCCAUGUUGGGUGAUAACUCUAAGGAUAGAGAUCCAUCCCAGACUGUCCUUAACCCGCAUUCGACGUGCUGAGCACUACUUUGAGUCUCCCACCGUGGCCGAGUGAUCUUGACAAAGGUUCGUACAAAAAGUGUUUGCCUCAGAUUCAAAUAAACAAGGGCUCUGAAGAUACAACUCGCUUCUGGAGGAAGGGCUCCGAAACAGAUCUGUGAAUGAAUUAUCAAAAGGAGCAGCGGAACCAGCACAAAAUGGCAAACAUCCUUUUUUUUUUUUUGUACUGUAGUACCACAUUGUUGUUGUUGUUAUUGUUAUUAUUAUUAUUCCCUGUGUGAGGAUUUAAAUCAGAAGGGCUGGAAGUAUUUGUCUUAAAAUUAAAAACGCUUUGGUGGUACUGACUUUAAAAUGAGGACUGACACAGGAUACGUUUGCAUUCUUCCUCCGCAUGAGUUCUAGCAGAAAACAAAAGGGCUACUCAAGGUCAAUGCAGCUUUUAUGUGACAUUAAUAACUUAUGAAUGUGUACGCUAAUGAGCGUCCAGCUAAAAAGGAUGUCCGGGGUUUGGGAAGUUUGUAGAAUACAGAUGGAUCAGGAAGUUUUUUUUGGUUUUUUUUUUUAAAUCAAUUUAUUCCAAAAAACAGAACCAGCCUCUCUUCUUAUAGAACUGUUUUUAUAAAGUAGCCUAGUUAUUUUAAAUAUUCCUUGUGGAGUUUAAAUCAUAACUCCUGGAAUCUAAAGAGUAAAAAAAACAAACAUGGUGGAGGUACCUACAUAUGGAGGCGAGAAUACACAUAAAAAUCCUCUUUUACUUGUAGCAAACAAAAGGGCUACAGAAGGUCAUCUGUGCACAGGCAUGAGCGGACAUUCAUUUUGUAUUUAUGGGCAUAUCAAUUAUUUAUCACACAUCCAUCUCCGGCUGCAUAUGCAUAAAACACAUCCAAGAGAUCGCGUAAGAAUACCAUGUUGGUUUCAUUGUGGUAGGAAGUGAAUGGUUGAACACCGUACAGACUGGAAUUUCUGUUUUUGUCCAUUUUUUUUUAUUUUUUUCCCAUUAUUUCUUCCCCUUUGUUCUAUAUUUAUUAUAUUUAAACUCUCGGCAAAUGAAUUUGCUGUUCGAACCUAAAGUAUGGCUUUACCAUAUAACUUCCCCAUUUGUGCUAAUUUGAAGAUAUUCUUUCUGUGGUCUGUAUCCACUUGGCUGUCUCCUCCCUGUUUUAGGGAGAUCUAGAUGUAUUCUACCUGUAUGUAGCUCUACCUCUCAUAUUUCUGUAGGUGCCAGGCAUUCUAUUUUAAACAUCUGUUGUGCAAUUAUUUGUGAUCAAACACUGAUUUUUUUUUUUUUUUUUUUUUUCCACUGGCACUGCAUAGGAUCUCUGAAUCUUCACUUUGAGUUCCUUUUUGCUGUGUGACACUUAAUAUAUUGUAUAUUUGUUUGUCAAUAUGAAAUGAUUAUGUAUGAUUUUUUUGCCAUGUUUUUAAGGGUAAUUCCACCAGAAUAUUUUUCUUCCCAAAAACAUUUUUUUUUUCUUUUUUUCUUUUAAUGAUUUAAGUACUGACGUUGGGGUAAACCGUGAUGGCCUGCAACAUCCUCACGCUCAACUGUGAACUCAACCCGAAAGAAAGCCUAUUGAGAUGAAAUUUCCUUUCAAAAUGUGAUCAUAUUUAAACUGUGUUAAUGUGAUACAUUUUCAAACUUUUGAGUACAUUUUUGUUUUUAAAUUAUGUAAAGUGUGUUUUUAUUUUAUGCAAAUCAACAAACAAUCACUGUGAGGCAAUGCGAUGUUGUGACUUCCAGUCCUGGAAGGACUUCUGCUUUAAAGCUUAUAGGGUAGAAGUUGUCUGUAAAACAGCUUCACUUUAAAAUCCAAAUUUUGCUGAUUCAUCAAUCGUAAUCUAAAUUCCAUUUAGUGACAGUGUGAUGUCUUAAAUUUGCUUUUUUCAAAUUGCUUGAUCAUGCUUCUUUUGCCGAUUUUGAAGUGCACACUGUAACUUGAACUGAUUUAGGAUAUUAAUGCAUAUCUGAAUGUGUAAUACAUCUCAAUCGCUUGAAAUACCAAAGCAAAGGAACACGCACAAUCAGCGCUGCUUCUGAUCUGAUUUGUAGUGCAAAUAAGGGCUUUAAUUAAUGCGUUCACAAUCACAUCAAUAUGCCGUUAAGAUGUGAAGCACAAGACUGUUACAGUUUGCUUUGAACCAAAAAUCAAAAACCACACGGUCUUCCAAUUUUGUUGUAUGAUCUGUAUAUCUUGACUUUUUGACUUCCUGGUUCUGAUUCCACAAUGAAUAUAAUAUUUUUGAACCAAUUUUAUACAAACCAUCGUAUGUGCUCAAUAACCAUAGGUUACUCUGAAAGAAGCAGAUGUCUGUCUUUUCUUUUUUUUUUUUUUUUUUUUUUUUUUUUUUUAUGGAGUAGUGUUUUGAAUAAGCACAAUAAAACAGUUCAGGUGAUUCCUAAAUGCAUAGUUGUGUUUUUAUUUUAAUAACAGUUUUGUUGUGGAUGGGUUUUCAAAUGGAGCUAUAUACAGACGGUCUGAAUAGUAGUUUUCUUUUUUUGAGGGGAUGAACCGAGUUGGAUUCAAGCGCCGAGCUAAGCCGUGCUCAGUCUCACAGCAAAGAUGAGGAUGGAUGGCCGCAUAGU